AUGUCGAAGAGAGAGGCCACCCAAAUCGCCGCGGCAGCUGGAGUAGAUGUCGAUGCACCGCGCGCCAAACGACGCAAGGAGGCACUUCCAGACUCGAAACCAGUCGCCGGGACAAGCAGCAUGGACGCAGUCAAAAAGGAGGGCGAAGAAGGAGAGCCGAAGCGGGACAGUCCAGAGGUGAUCAAGGAUAAGGGCUUGAAGCUGUGGACGACGGCGAAGGAUGCAGUGGACAAGGAAGGGAGGUCGCUCUCUGUCGACUUCAUGCGUCUGCCAUCCAAACGGCAGUAUCCCGACUACUAUGUCCAGAUCAAGCGGCCAAUAGCUCUCGAUGAUAUCAAGGCUCAGCUAGAUGCGCUCGCAUAUGCUUCAUUUACCGAUGUGAAACACGACCUUGAAGCCUGCUUCCGGAACGCGAAGAGGUACAACAUCAAGGAGAGUCAGAUCUUCCAGGACGCGAAGACCUUGCAUAAACUUGUAAAGAAAGAGUAUGCCAAAAUGACGGGGACAACAGAAGAGGCUGCCGAGGACGAGGGGGACGAGCAUGCAGGGGAUGGUGUAGCACACGAAGGUGGCUCCGAAGAGGAGGGGGGAAAGAAGAAGAAACCGCCAAACAUGAAUCGCUUGCUCAAAACACGUCUGCAGAAGCUGGUGGAGAAGACGGACGACUCCGGACGCGUACUUUCGACCGAGUUCAUGGAACUGCCGAAUCGAAAACAGUGGCCAAUCUACUACAAGACAAUCAAGCGUCCACAAUGUCUUGAAAUCAUCUUUAAACGUCUCAAACGGAAGGAGUACCAUACUUCGCAGGAGUUCGCAAACGACGUGGAAUUAGUGUUCUCAAACGCGCUCGAGUUCAAUCAGGAUCACACCGAGAUCUGGGAAGAUGCUAUAGUGCUCAGGGAUCACUUCCGGCACCUCAUGAUCAGGCUCAAGGUACCCGCCGCUCACCAUCCGUCUGCCACAUCGACACCCGCACAACCCUCACCUACCCCCGGAACGCUGAAGAUCCGCGCGCACUAUUCGACAGCGAACGGUGCCAUCUCACGGGGGUCUCCUCCAGGCGAGUCGUCAAAGUCUCCAGCGGUACCCGCGCAACCCGUUCCAGCUGCGGCGUCGCCGCCGUUGCCACCGGCGGGGCAGACGUCCUCGCACCCAAUUGUGCCGGCGCCCGUUCCCGCCGUUGCGCAAUUGAAAGCGUCCGCAAGUGGGAGCAACGUGCUGCCCAAUGCGUAUCCACAGGCGGGAUACUCUCCUUAUGCGCAGUAUACGCACCCAGCGUACCAGCAGCUCGCCACGUCUGCCGCUACACCUGCUACACCGGUCCCAGCCCCGUCCGUAUCACCGGUCCAAGCCGUCGCGGUCACGACGACCGAGCCGCAGUCACCUUCGGAUCCGCAGAAGCAUCGCUCGCUGAAGACAGUCACGUUGCUGACCAAACCACUGGGCCGACUGCUCCUGCUCGAUCAUACUGAUGGCGUACGGACAUGGGCGGUUCGUUUGUGCGGAGAGACGAGUGUCCGCGUCUCUGGGGUGCGUUUCCUGAAGAUGGACACCGAGGAUGAGGAGAGUAGCGACGAUGAAGAGAAAGGGAAGAAGCUCGAGGACGAGGAUGAGGAGGUAGAGAAGGAAAAGGGGAAAGAGAAAGAAGGGGAGACGAAGCCGGAGAAGAGGAAACGGGGCAGGCCGAAAAAGAAGAAGCAGCCGGUCGUCGAAGAGGUGAAGGCGGAGGAGACGGCGAAGAAGAAAGGCAAGGCACGCGCGAGGCCACCUCCCGGGGAAACGCAAGUGAAGCUCAAUGGAGUCGUCGCCAAUGCCCUCGAUGACGGUCAGAGCGAGUGGGACCUUGACCUCCCGAUUGGACCAAAUGUUGUCGAGAUUGGAGAGAAGGGUGGAACACCGUGGAGGGUGUACCUCGACAGAGUGCCUGUCUGA